ACAGUGAGAGGAGUUCGUCAGUUCUGGGGCUCCUAAUAACCCCAUGGCGGUCGCAUGGUGUACGUAACUGCUGGCAUUACCCGUUGGCUAAACGCAUAUCCCGUCUAAGAAAAAACUUGCCAACAUAUCUGAAUUUUUGGAAGGCUGCUCCUUGUAUCUUUAAAUCUUCAAAAGCAGAAAAUAUUCCCAGUCUCACCAGUGAGAUGGGGUGUGCUCCCCUUCAGACCUUAACAGAAGAAGAGCAAAUGCUGAAAGAAACAGUGAAAAAAUUUGCUCAAGAACGAAUUGCCCCUUUUGUAAAAACAAUGGAUGCUGAUGCAAAGAUAGAAGAAUCUGUACUUCAAGGAUUGUUCAAACUAGGGCUGAUGGGUAUCGAACUUGGGACAGAAUGGGGAGGAACUGGAUCUUCAUUUUUUUCAACCAUCCUGGUGGUAGAAGAAUUGGCCAAGGUCGAUGCAGCAGUAGCUCUUAUACCUGAGCUCCAAAAUACAUUAAUUAACAAAUUACUUAUUGUACAUGGAACAGAAAAGCAAAAGAGGACCUACUUGCCCAGACUGGCUAAAGAUAUGGUGGGCAGUUUCUGUCUUUCAGAGGCUGGAUCUGGCAGUGAUGCAUUUUCUUUAAAGACUCGCGCUGAAAAGAAGGGAGAUUAUUACAUUAUCAAUGGCUCAAAGAUGUGGAUUAGCUCUGCGGAGCAGGCUGGAAUGUUUUACGUCAUGGCAAAUGUAGAUCCUUCUUUAGGAUAUAGGGGAAUUACAUGCUUCAUAGUAGAUCGUGAUACAGAGGGACUACGUGUAGGGAAGAAAGAGGAUAAACUGGGACUCAGAGCAUCUUCUACAUGCCCAGUAACAUUUGAAAAUGUUAAGGUUCCCGAGACCAGUAUCCUGGGACAGCUUGGCCAAGGCUAUAAGUAUGCAAUCGGAAUGUUAAAUCAGGGCAGAAUAGGUAUUGCUGCGCAGAUGUUGGGGUUGGCACAGGGAUGUUUUGACCAAACUCUUCCAUAUACAAAGGACCGAGUCCAGUUUGGGAAAAGCAUAUUUGAUUUCCAGGGAAUGCAACAUCAGAUAGCUCAAGUGGCCACUCAACUGGAAGCUGCCAGGUUGCUGACUUACAACGCCACCCGACUUGCCGAAACUGGAAAGCCAUUCAUAAAAGAGGCAAGCAUGGCCAAAUACUAUGCUGCAGAGGUUGCAACACUGACAACUAGUAAAUGUAUUGAAUGGAUGGGUGGAGCAGGAUUCACAAAAGAUUAUCCAGUUGAAAAGUAUUACCGAGACUGCAAGAUUGGCACAAUAUAUGAAGGGACUUCGAAUAUCCAGUUGAGCACCAUUGCAAAGUGUAUAGCUAAAGAAUACUGAAAACCCCAAGGAGCUCUUGAUUAUUCUAGGGCUGAUUUCACUGAAAUUUGGAAUCAGCAUGUCUCAGUGGUGAAAUGGUACAUUCAUUUCCAAAUUGUGGGUUAAAAAUGCCUGAUCAUUGAAUUUACUUCCUAAGAUGCUUCUAAAAUAAUGAAAUCAUAUAAAUGAUUGGACUGUUUCAGAUUCAAGAAGCAUGUCUUGGGUUUGGCAAAAAUAAAUGAACAAUGAAACGAGAGGCCAAAUCUUUGGCUUAUUUUCACAGUACAAAUGGCACUUACCAUGAUCUCAGCAAGGCAACUGAUGAUUUUCCCCCAGCACAGAAGAAUUACGGUUUGAUAUAAAAAUUGUUGGUUGCCACCUUCUUUCCUUCAGUGGCAUGGGACAGGGGAAAUGACAAGUACACAGGCAUGGGAGGAUACAGCUGAGGAGUUCAGCACUCCUUCCUGUUUGUUUGGUGGAGCUUUUUGUCUGGGACUGCUGCAAUUGGGAUAAUUCUGAGAGCAGCCCUUAGCGUGUUCUGAAUUGUAUCUGGGCAGCUUGGCCCCUGCCAGGCCUAGUUGGGAAUAUUGAAAGGUGAUUAAUAGCCACCUGCUAGCCUAUCCUCUUCUUAGCUAUUAAGGAUUUUAAUCUAAGAGGCUAUUUAUAUCUCCCUCUUUUAAAAGUUAAAAGUUAAAAUCUUUGUAAAAUGUGUUAAAGAAUCAUUCAUUUAUAUAAUGAACAGAUUAAGUGAAAUUUUGCAGAACUAUUAGGGCUUUUUGCAAAGGACAGAGAGAUAAGGUAGUUAAUAGGAAAGCUGUAGGAAUACUUAUCACUUAUGAACCCUUCUAUGUUCCAUGCUCAGAAUUAAUGUUUCCCAAACAUUAAUUCUUAUAACCUUCCUGAAGGAAGGUGCAAUCAGUUUCCAGAUGGGGGAGACUCGCUUGUAGAAAUUGAAGUAGCUCAACCAACAGGGAUGUUUGUGUCACUUAUGUCUCAAUGAUACAAAGGCUGAAAAGCCUGAAUCACAAUUUUUCUCCUGUUUGUUGUUUAACAACAUUCAGGUUCCUGGUUAGUGUACCCUGAUGGGCCUUUUCCCCUCAGAAGUUUCUUCAGUGAUCAGAGAACUAGUAAAUGUAGAUCUCACAAGAAUUGAGAGGUUGAGAACUGAGCAACUGAGAGUGAUUGAGAACUGUUUACCAGUUUAAUGGAAGAUAAGCCUUUGCUUAAAAUUCAGAAUUGAAGUGAAGUUUGAGAGUCCUCCCAUUGUCCUCCAGCAAAAACAGAGCAGGGCAGAUUUAGCCUUCUUGGUACCCAUUUUAUAGUAUAUAAAGAAAUAAAAAAUGCACAGUGCCAUUUUUAUUUUUUAAAAAUUUUAGAGGUCUCUUUUUUUUUUUUUACUUUUGCUAAGCCAGAAAGGGGGUCGCAGCAGUGAUUUUAAAAUUUGAUACUUCCUUAGUGCCAAUCAUGUGCUUCUGCUGUGUACUAUUCCUCCUUCUAUGGUUGUAUCUCUUCCUACUUGCCAACAAAUGCUUAAUAAAUCAGGGUGACACUUGUCCCAUUGCUGAACAGUAUGAGCAGCUCAGGAUUAUUUGAUCAGUGAUUUUGGACUGUUUGUAGGUUCAUUUUCAGAUGAAUUCAAAGAAAGUUCAAUCAGAAUUAAGCCUCAUAUUCAGUGUACCAAUUAUCUUGAUUUACUGUACUUCAGCUAGCUCAACCAAGACUAGCCACAUUGCAAAUCACUUGAGCUAGAUAGAAUGAUUUGAAAAGCAGCUGAGGAGCUAUUCCAACUUGUGCUCUACUCUCCAAUUACAUCCCCAGUCUUUCACUAAUUUAAGUCAGCAGCACUCAAGCUUCAGCCUGUACCCCCUGACUAGGGACAGAAAUUACACAGAACCCAAUUUAAGUGAUCAGAAACUGGUUUAAACCUGUAA